UAUGAGUAACUUGAUGAGAAGAGAAAAAAAAAAAAGUUAGACCUAGCUCAAAGCGCUACCGUAUAAACGACGACUGGAGGGAGUGGUUGUCCGGAGAUUCAGGAGGAAGUCGGAAACUUUCUCUGCGUCGGAAACUUUCUGAAACCAACAUGCAACAGGGCGGGGGAUCUGAAACGGAGGUUACUUGGGAUGAUCAGCAGAAUAUCAACAAAUUUGGUCGAUUAAACAACCGAUUUCACGAGCUCGAGGAUGAAAUUAAGAUCGCCAAGGAAACCAAUGAAAAUCUGGAAGAUGCAAGUAAUGAAUUGAUUCUUACUGAUGAGGAGGUGGUCCGUUUCCAAAUAGGAGAAGUAUUUGCUCAUGUUCCGAAGGAAGAAGUUGAAACCAGAAUAGAACAAAUGAAAGAGGUGACCAGCAAAAACUUGGAAAAGCUAGAAGAAGAGAAGGAUUCCAUCCUGGCACAGAUGGCAGAGUUAAAGAAGGUUCUGUAUGGAAAAUUUGGGGACUCAAUCAACUUAGAGGAGGAUUAAUGGGUAUUGUUCCUUCUACUCUCCUACUUAUUUUCCAUGUUCUUCAAUGAGUAAACCAUCAAUCAUUUUUCAAAUGUCAGGAAAAACGUCUAUUCCAGCGGUUUUCUGGUUUUUUCCAGUUUGUAGGAUGUAAGGUUGCCGAUUAUACAGUAUAUAUUUUAAUGGAUGUUUAUGAAUCGCAUAUGUAUCUGUUGUUGGGUGA